UAUGGAACACGGCUUUAUAGGAGUUUCGCAGAAAUAGAGCAGGUUCUAUCAUCACUACAACGUGCAUAACACUAUUUGAAGGCCGAGUUCUAUAUAUUUAUAUACUGCAAAUACUCAUUGUGUGUGGUCAUGGAGUAAAAAAUACUAAGCGGCAAUUCGAAGUUUCUCCAAUCCAUUGGUAAAGUUGUCGAUUGCUUUGAUUAAUUCAUAAAGUGAAGAUCUAGCUGUUCGAUAGUGUACAAGAAAUGUUGGGAAGAGCUUGUUCCUUAUUGCAUUUCAUAUAUAUACUUACAGUUUAUCUCAUGGGUGGGGCAACAACUAGCAAAGCAGCAGGAUAUAUUCGAGUAGGAAAAUGGGGAAAACAAAGUGGAGGUCCUCAGAAUGAGUGGUCUUUUGCAUUUGAGAAAGAUCAUAAACUGGUGAAGAUAACCAUUGACCAUGGUGAACUAAUAUACUCUCUCAUGUUCACAACUAAAUGUGGAGGUGUUUUGCAUAAUUCCAACAUGUUUGGUGGUUGGAAUGGUGGAGACACAGUUUCGGAGGUACACUUUGAAAGUGAUUGAGGAAAUAGUUGGGAUUGGUGGAGCCAUUGGUAAUCGAGGUGGUAAUCCAGUAAUUUCGUCACUAUAUUUUAUGACAAACAAGAAGACACAUGGACCUUCUGGUCAUGCAACUGAAAAUGUAUUUUAUUUACCAUGGGACAAAGGCUCCUUGGUAGGGUUUUAUGGACUUGCCGGCUAUUAUAUUGAUGGCAUUGGUGUGUAUCUAAAAGCCUAUGAGGAAAUCGUACGGGUUGGAACAUGGGGAAAAACUCAACGUGCAGGUCCACAAAAUGUUUGGACUUUCCAACUUGAGGAAAAUCAUCAUUUGAAGAAGAUAACCAUUGAUCAUGGUGAUCUCAUAUAUUCUCUCAUGUUCACCACACAAUGUGGAGGCUUAACACAAACUACUGAAAAGUUUGGUGGUUGGAAUGGUGGAGAGACAGUUUCUGAGGUAAUAUUUGAAAGGCAUGAGGAAAUAAUUGCCAUUAGUGGAACAAUUGCGUUAUCAAGGGGAAGUGAUGCUGGCUUGACUAUAAUAUCCUCGAUAUCAUUCAUGACAAACAAGAAAACUCAUGGACCUUUUGGUAACGUAAGAGGGAAGCCUUUCACGGUAUCAUGGAAUAUUGGUUCUUUUGUUGGAUUUUAUGGUCUUGCUGGCUAUUAUAUCGAUAGCAUUGGUGUCUACUUGAAGGAAGUACAGUGAGAUAAGGAACAAAUAACCUUUAAAAGUUGUACUAUGAAAUAAGGAAUAUAUAACCCUUUGAGGUUAUGAUGUCUUCUUGAAGGUUGGAGUGUGAAAAAGACCAAAUAAACUUGAAGGCUUUAUUACGAAGUAAGAAACAAAGAGCAUGUUGAAGUUAUGUAGUUAUUGAACAUCCUCUGUUUGUUUAGUGUUCAUUAAUAUCUUAAAUAUAUGUCAUUACGUUUGCUAUGC